AUGCGAACAUUAUAUUCUUUAUUAAAUUGUGAAGAUCAAAACAUUUCUAGUGAAGAAUUGAGAAAAAUAUAUUUUGAUUUGUUAAGAAGAUUUCAUCCAGACAGAAGUGGCUCUCAAAAUUUUGAAAAAUUUUUGGCAAUUAAUAAAGCUUGGAAAGUUUUGAGUCAACCAGAAUCUCGCCGUUUAUACGAUUGUUGGCUUCGUGAACAACUUUUUCGUGAUAAUAAAGAAUUAAUUGGACAAGAAAUUUAUAUUUCAUUAAAUAAUUUGACUGAUUUUUGUCAAGAAGAAUUGUGUCGUUGUGGGGGUUCUUUUGAAGAAUUGACUCUUGAAAAAUUUGAUUUAAUUGAGGAUUACGCUUUGUUGGAUUGUUCAAAUUGUUCUCUUUGUUUAAAAGUAAUCUUUCUUGGUGAUUCAGGCGUUGGAAAGUCUACUUUAAUUAAUUCACUCUGUGGAAUUCAAAAUAGCAGACCACAAAGCACUUUGGGAUGUUCUAUUCAGAUUUUAGCCCACCAAUACCAAGCAGGCACUCCAAAUGAAAGCACUGAACUUUUAGAAUUGUGGGAUAUUGGAGGUUCAAAUGCCCAUCGUCAUUCAAGUCGUGUAUUUUUGGAUGGGGCGAAUGGCGUUGUUUUUGUUCAUGAUUUGAGUAAUUCUAGAAGUGAAAAAAAUUUGUCUCAUUGGUUGGAUUUAUUGCAAGGAAGUGGAACUUGUAGUAGCAACAACAACAAUAAAAAUUCUUCUCGAAUUUCUUUAAAUUCUCCUGAUAUAAAUAAUCGACUAAUUUAUACUGCUACAGGGUCAGAAAGGAAUUAUAGAAUUGCUGGGGGUGCUGUUGACUCUUUAAAUAAUUUUGUGGCUUUGGAUGUUGAAAGGCUUUGGGCUGUGCCGACUUUGGUUGUUGGAACAUUUUUGGAUAAUUGUUCUCCAAGUAGAGCCAAAGAACAAUCCAAUAUUUCUUUUCUACGGCAACAUGAACACAUUUCUUUGGAUUCAAGACGGCCAAUUCAGCCUGGUUCUACUAAUCAGAUUGUUUUCACAAAUUUUUUCGAUGCAAUAAUUCGCCAUUCUUCUGAUUGUUUAAAUAGAACUGGUGGAUCAAGAAAAUCUUUGAGUGGUACUACAUCGCCUAGAAAUAGAAGAAAAAUGCUUUGA